CACCACGCUGGACAUCAGUGACAUCCACGACGUUCGGAAAGGAUGGAAAACGGACAUCUUCAAUCGCAUCGCGUCAAAAGUGGAGAAGCGCAUCGUUAAGAUGCCGAACUCGCCUCCGCUGGUCGACGAGAGGAACUGCUUCUCCAUCAUUAUUGGCACCAACAAGAGCUCGGUGGACCUGGUGGCGCCGGACGAGCACGUGUGUGACAUGUGGGUGCGGGGCCUGCAGCACCUGGUGGCCGUCGUGCGCAGCCUCGAGCAGGAGAAGAACUACGACAGGUGGCUGAAGCGCCAGUUCCAGUCGGCUGACCGUGACCACAACGGCGUGCUGACGUUCGACGAGUGCCUGGACCUGCUGAAGCAGCUCAACAUCCAGCUGGACAAGGACUCGGCUCGCCAGCUGUUUGACGCGGCCGACACCGACAAGCGGACCAAGGGCGACGAGGCGGCUCUGGACGACCAGGAGUUCGUCGCCUUCUACCACAGCCUGCUGCAGCGGCCGGAGCUGGAGGUGAUCUUCAACAGGUACACCAACAACGAGAAGCUGAUGACGACUGAGGAGCUGGCCGACUUCCUGCGCGGCGAGCAGAAGAUGAAGGACGUUUCGAGCGAUUUCUGCCGGGAGGUGAUCGAGACGUACGAGCCGUCCGAGUCCAAGUAUCAGGGCCUGCUCUCGCUCGACGGCUUCCACAUGCUCAUGAGCUCGAAGCAGGUGCACAUCUUCAACCCGGAGCACAGCCUGGUGUACCAGGACAUGAAGCAGCCGCUGGCGCACUACUUCAUCGCCUCCUCUCACAACACGUACCUGCUGGGUAACCAGCUGACGGGGAUGUCCAGCGUCGAGGCGUACAUCAUCGCACUUCAGAAGGGCUGCCGCUGUGUGGAGCUCGACUGCUGGGACGGCGACGACGGCGAGCCCAUCAUCUACCACGGCUACACGCUCACCUCCAAGAUCCGCUUCUGUGACGUCAUCAGCGACGCCAUCAAGCCGUACGCGUUCCAGUACUCGGAGUACCCGCUGAUCCUGAGCAUGGAGAACCACUGCUCCGUGCGGCAGCAGGAGAAGAUGGCCCAUCACCUGAAGACCAUCCUAGGCGACAUGCUGUACGUCCUGCCGGUCGACGAGUCCUUGGGAGCGCUGCCUUCGCCCGAGGACUUCCGCAAGAAGAUCUUGCUCAAGGCGAAGAAGCUGCCGGCGGACAAGGAGAAGACGGGCCUGGGGGCCUUCCAGCAGAAGGUGGGCGAGCUGAUCGACGGCAAACCGCCGCCGCCGGCGCAGGAGCAGGACGAGGCCUGCACCGUGGACGACUCCGAGUCGGACUGCAGCGCGCCCGAGGACGAGGCGGCCGGGAAAGAGCAGCAGCAGCGUCACCUUCACGUCAAGGGCAAGAAGAAGAAGAUGAUAGCGCCGGUGCUCUCCUCGCUCGUGAACUACAUCAAGGCGGUGCACUUCCACUCGUUCGACGCCUCGCUGGCGGCCGACCUGUGGUGGACGAUGAGCUCUUUCGGCGAGAGCAAGGCCCUUGGGUUCGUGGAUCAGCAGGCGGCGGCGCUGGUCGAGUACAACAAACGUCAGCUGAGCCGUAUCUACCCGAGCGGCAAGCGGCAGAACUCCAGCAACCUGAACCCGGUGCCCUUCUGGAACACCGGCUGUCAGAUCGUGGCUCUCAACUACCAGUCGCCGGGCAAGUCGACCAGCUACAACCAGGGCAUGUUCCGACGCAACGGCGGCUGCGGGUUCGUGCUGAAGCCGACCGUGCUGCGCUCUCCUGACUGGUUCGACCCGACCGCCAGCCCCGGCGACAUGUUCCGCCGGACCCUGCAGCUGCGCAUCAUCAGCGGCUCCUGCAUCCCCAAGCCGCCCGGCUCCAGCCUGUACGACAUCAUCGACCCCUACGUCUGCGUCUACGUCACCGGCCACCCGGCCGACGAGGGCAAGUUCAAGACGGACGUCGUCAAGAACAACGGCUUUAACCCGGUGUGGGAGGAGCAGCUGACGAUCCCGGUGCACAUGCCGGACUUCUGCCUGCUGGAGCUGGUGGUGCGUGACCACAGCACCACCGGCUCCAACUACGUGCUCGGUCACUACUGCAUGCACUUCGACGAUCUGAUGCCCGGGUACCGUUACGUCCCCCUGGAGGACGUGGAGGGUAACUCGCUGAGCCCGGCCUCGCUCUUCGUGCACGUCAGCGUGCAGUGAGAGCCGGGCUGCCGUCCA